UCACAUGGGCGGAGGCAGGUCCCGGAGCCCCGGGCGGGCUCUCCCCAGAGUCGGGCGGCGGCGGCGGCGGCGGCGGCUCCUCAGCCUUCCUCCUUCCCUGCCCUUCCCUCCCGGGCCCGGCCGCCCAGCCCGACGGGUGAGCGGGAGCCAGCGUCUCCAUCCCUCUGCUUCCUCAGAUAUGGCGCUGACCGUGGAUGUGGCGGGGCCAGGGCCCUGGGGCUUCCGGAUCACUGGGGGCAGGGAUUUCCACACGCCCAUCAUGGUGACCAAGGUAACCGAGAGGGGCAAGGCUGAGGCUGCUGACCUCCGGCCUGGAGACAUUAUCGUGGCCAUCAACGGGGAGAGCGCCGAGGGCAUGCUCCAUGCUGAGGCCCAGAGCAAGAUCCGCCAUAGCCCCUCACCCCUGCGGCUGCAGCUAGACCGGUCUCGGGCCGCUUCCCCCAGGCAGACCAAUGGGGAAAGCUCUGUGGAAGUGCUGGCCACUCGCUUCCAGGGCUCUGUGAGGACCCACUCGGACAGCCAGUCCUCCCUGCGGUCUUCCUGCUCCAGCCCCUGCUCCUCCAGCCCCCAGCCGGGCAGCCCCUUCUCUGCCCUGCCCCCCAGCAGCCCGCACACCCUCCCUGGAGAGGCUGUGGUCAGCCGCAGUUUCCAGAACCUGGCACAUUCCCCGGGACCCACUGCUGCUGACCGCUUUUCCUAUGGGGGCCGUCCUGGAAGCCGCCAGGCCGGCCUCGGCGGCGCUGGCGACGCGGCGGUGCUGGUGCUGCCGCCUUCCCCGCGUCCCUGUCCCUCCAGCCCCAGGCUCAGUGCGGACUCCGAAAGGGGAAGCCACCUUCUGGACGAGGACUCCGAAGUCUACAAGAUGCUGCAGGAAAAUCGCGAGGGGCGGGUGGCCCCCCGGCAGUCCAGCUCCUUUCGGCUCUUGCAGGAAGCCCUGGAGGCUGAGGAGAAAGGUGGCACACCUGCCUUCCUGCCCAGCCUGCUGAGCCCCCAGUCCUCCCUGCCCACCUCCAGGGCCCUGGCCACCCCACCCAAGCUCCACACGUGUGAGAAGUGCGGCACCAGCAUUGUGAACCAUGCUGUACGCAUCCAGGAGGGGCGCUACCGUCACCCGGGCUGCUACUCCUGUGCAGACUGUGGGCUGAACCUGAAGAUGCGGGGGCACUUUUGGGUGGGAGACGAGCUGUACUGUGAGAAGCAUGCCCGCCAGCGCUACUCCUCACCCCCCACCCUCAGCUCCCAGGCCUGAGCUCCUGGCUGUGCUCUCAGCCUGCCCUCAACUCUGUGGGCACCUGUAUAGCACGGCCAUGCCAAAAGCAAGUUGGCAGGGAAGGGUGGUGGCAGGUGGUGGGGUUCCACCCUCCGCGCUAGGUGAGGCCAGGGCCUGGGACCUGUCCUCAUGCACUGUCUCACCGUCCCAGGCUUCUGCUAGGUACUCUCACUUUCCCCCGCAGGACAGGCUGUGCACCAAAGUCUGAGGUGGGCACUGCAUUGGGUAUCUCUGUGCAACAGGGGUUAGGUGGGGGAUGUGACACAGAGAUAAAUAUGUAGAAAGAGAGGGGUGGGCCAGAGGCUAAAGGUAUUCACUCUGUAUAGUUUUCACAUAUGAGCUCUAUAAAUAUAUAUACAUGGACAAAACAAAGUAGAUCUUUUCUCUCCUUCCCAGCCCGGGCCCCUGGGGAAGAGCUUCUCUCUACAACUGGGGAGAAAGUCCUUAUUGACUAAUUUUUUCCCUUUUAUUUCCCUCCCUCCCAUGAACCCCUGCCUUACCAGGUGCUUCACUAUGUGAUCCCCCUUACUGAAGAGGCUUGCUUCUUUUAGUGGAAGGUUGUGCUCUUUCUGGACAACUUCCCCUCUUUUUUAAAACAAUUUUAUUUUAUUAUUUUUAAAGAUUUUAUUCAUCCAUCCAUGAGAGACAGAAAGAGAGAGAGAGAGAGAGGGGCAGAGACACAGGCAGAGGGAAGAAGCAGGCUCCACGCAAGGAGCCUGACAUGAAACUCAAUCCCGGGUCUCCAGGAUCAGGCCCUGGGCUAAAGGCGGCGCUAAACCGCUGAGCCACCGGGGCUGCCCAAAAGAUUUUAUUUUUAAGUAAUCUCUACCCCCCAAUGUGGGGUUUGAACUUACAGCAACAGUUGGUGGAGCACAUUUGGUUGCGUGCUCCUCCUGGACCCAUUUAUUUAUUUAUUUUAAAGAUUUUAUUUAUUUGAGAAAGAGCACAUGUGGAUAAGGACGAGUCGGGUAGAGGGAGAGGGAGAAGCAGACUCCCCACUGAGCAGGGGGCUCCAUGGGGGGCUUGAUCCCGGGAUCAUGACCUGAGCCCCAGACAGGUGCUAAACUGACUGAGUCACCCAGGUGCCCCACCUCCUAGACCCUUUUUUUUUUUUUUAAGUAUUUCUUUCUUUUUCUUUUUUUUUUUUCUUUUUUUUUUUUUUUUAUGAUAGUCACAGAGAGAGAGAGAGAGAGAGAGAGAGAGAGAGAGAGAGGCAGAGACACAGGCAGAGGGAGAAGCAGGCUCCAUGCACCGGGAGCCCGACGUGGGAUUUGAUCCUGGGUCUCCAGGAUCGCGCCCUGGGCCAAAGGCAGGCGCCAAACCACUGUGCCACCCAGGGAUCCCCUAGACCCUUUUUUAUAGAUGCCAGUUUUACUGGGAUAAUUCCUGGUCCAUGAGAGGCGUGAGUUUCUCACUGGGAGCCUGGAGAAGAGGAGAGGUGCUGGAGAGCAGGCAGGAGAAAUAGGAGGCAGGCCCGGAUGUAAAAUCUGUCCAGGGCCUGCUUGGUGAGACAGUGUCAUACUCCUCUGGCACUGGCCAGCCUUGGACUCUGUGCUCCUUGCUCUACCUGGGGUGAAUGCUGUGAGCCUUGCUGACUUACCCAGAUGAGCCGGGUGGGCAGGAGAAGGGCAGCAUCCAGAGCACCUCUAGCACUUGGCUAAGGCUGUCUGCACCCAUUUGAGAAAGAUAAUCACCAGAAAGAACCUCGGACAGGGCUGCAGGUUAGCCUUGCCUGGGAAGGAUAGGCCAGUGGAGUCCCCAUCCCAAGGGACCACCCUACCCACCCUGGGAGACCCCACUGGCUUCAUUGGUAGUUGAUUUGAGAAACAAAAACAAUCAGUGAAGAGUGCUAGGUGAGUCUACCCUCAGGUAUGUUUGAGUUGAGGUGGGGGCCAGAGGUUCCCUACCAGAUUUAGGGCUUGAUUCACCCACCACCCCCAGUCCUAAUCCCAAAGGACAUUUCAGAAAGGUGUAUGGGGGGGUCCCUGGGUGGCGCAGCGGUUUGGCGCCUGCCUUUGGCCCAGGGCGCGAUCCUGGAGACCCGGGAUCGAAUCCCACAUCGGGCUCCCGGUGCAUGGAGCCUGCUUCUCCCUCUGCCUGUGUCUCUGCCUUUCUCUCUCUCUCUGUGACUAUCAUAAAAAAAAAAAAAAAAAAAAAAAAAAAAAAAAAAAAAAAAAACUUAAAAAAAAAAAAAACCAGAAAGGUGUAUGGGUGCUUCUGGGUGCUCCAGACCUACCCACCCCACCUCCAGGUAGCUUGAGGAAUGGGCCACAGCCUCAGCUUUAUUUUCAUAGAAAUGAUCAAAGCUGGACUUCAGAGGCUUUUGUGCUGUGGGGCUCUUUUUGGAAGGAACCUUGGUGGAGACUGUUGGUGUUGGCUCCUCAGGCACCUGUUGAUAUAAUUUACACCUUCCUAUAAUUGUCUCACCUUUUGCCUGGAUGGCUGCCUUUAUUUUCAUAGAAAAGAUCAAGGCUUUCUGUGGCUUAGGAGUGCACCAGGCCAGAAUACCUGGUCCGCAACGGGACGGCCUCCUUGGCGCCACCUACUGUCAGAGGUAGCCCACGACAGGGAGCUACAGAGGAGAAUGCGCCCAAAAGGGGCCAUUCACCCCUCCGUCAAUACCUGGGUCCUGGCACAGUGAGAAUAUGGAAAAAUAUAGCCUUUUUUUGUUGCUUUCCUGAAGGUAAUGGUCAAGUGGCAGCAACUGAGAUGGCAUGAAUGAAAUAAGACUAUAUGGCAAUGAGUGCUAAGAGCUAAUGUGGAACAUACGAGGCGGGCCCCCUGAGUACAGAGCAGAGGCCAUCUGUGUGUAAGGAUGGACAGGACUUGACAGGUGGAAUGGACAGACGCCAACCGAUGGGGUGGGUGCAGGUGGAAUGCUCAGUUUAGGGCAGAGGCUGAAGGAGGUACCAAGAGAAGACUAGAAAGGGAGAUGGGAGCCUUGAAUGCCAGAAGAAAUGGUCUGAACUUCACCUGAGGCUCUGGAAACAUUUUGAAAAUUUAAAGCAGGGGAGUGACAGGUUGGAAAAGGUGGGCUGGGAUAUUAACAUGGUCAGAUCCCCACCUGUAACCAAGCCUGGUGGGCCAGCAGUGUUCUAAGGAGUGGAGGAGAACAAAAUGUGGGAUAGGAGCCCCUUGUGAAAUGGGUAUGCCAGUGAGUUGCUGAAUGCCUUUGGAAGGCUGGAUGGGUUUUUUUGUUUUUGUUUUUGUUUUUGUUUUUGUUUUUUUUGGCUGGAUGGGUUGAAGCUGAAAUCCAGUUCUUUAGUUGUGGCAGGCAGCUCUCUUUGCAGGAGCCUGAGGAUUUCAGAGUGCUGUGCAGCUACACCGCCAGCCUGAGCUUGGGAGCAAAGUUCUUUGGAAGAUGGAGUUAUUAGCCAAACCCAUUGGUCAGAGGAGAAGGUUGGGGGCAGUCUUCGAUCUUUUACCUUGCUCUCCCUCCACCCAUGCCAAGCCAGCUGUGAGCGCCCACUCCACGUGACCCAGAUAUAGUGUGUGUGUGUGGCAACUAUCUAAUUAUAAGACUGCAAUUUGUCCAGUGCUGUGCCCUCUUGAGUUUUUUUUUUUUUUUUUUUUUUUUGCAUUUGGGGGAAUAACUUCAGAAAUGAAGACAGAUUCAAGUUAGAAGUUCCCUGAGAGGGGAUCCCUGGGUGGCACAGCGGUUUGGCGCCUGCCUUUGGCCCAGGGUGCAAUCCUGGAGACCCGGGAUCGAAUCCCACGUCGGGCUCCCGGUGCAUGGAGCCUGCUUCUCCCCCUGCCUGUGUCUUUGCCUCUCUCUCUCUCUCUGUAUGACUAUCAUAAAUAAAUAAAAAAAAAAUUUAGAAGUUCCCUGA